ACACACGACACAUACACUACUAUAUAAACUCCGAUGACACUCAAACCCAAAGGGGUGCUCAAUGUGAAAUAUAUACAUUUAUGGAGCAAACAUUCACAGGAGAUGGCCUCACCACUACUUCCCCUGCUUCCACAAUCACCGUGGAAAUUCCAUCGAAUUCGAACCCUCGACACACCGGGACUAGACACCCGGUCUACCAUGGAGUCCGGAAGCGACGGUGGGGCAAAUGGGUGUCCGAAAUUCGGGAGCCACGCAAGAAAACCCGUAUAUGGCUAGGCUCAUUUCCGAUUCCGGAAAUGGCAGCCAAGGCUUAUGAUGUUGCCGCAUAUUGCCUUAAAGGACGCCAAGCGCAACUCAACUUCCCUGACGAGAUCGAGCACUUGCCGCAGCCGUCCACGUGUACGGCUAGAGAUAUUCAAGCAGCCGCAGCAAAGGCAGCUCAAUUGAAAAAAAGCAUUGUAACGGAUUGUGACGGUGGUGAUGAUUUCUGGGAGGAGAUUGAAUUGCCGGAACUAAUGAAUAGUGAUGGGUGUCAUUGGAGCUCUUGCUGGUGGACGUUUGCCCACGACGACCACCACUGAUGGAGAGGCUCCACCGUAGGAUUACUUCAUGGCAUGUGACUAAUUGUUAUCAUUAUCAUGUGUGUAUAGAACUACCAAUGUCAAGACUCGUCCAGUCGUCCCACAUAGCUUGGGUAAGUCCAAAUGGUGUAGUUUAUAAGUAAAGAUUCACACCAUUUUUUUUGGAUGUAAGUAUCAUUAAGUGAGAUGAAGGAAAAAUAAAGCCUUGCGAACAC